AUAAUAAUUUUGCUGAAAUAAUGGAACAUAUAGAGACCGACAACACAAAUUUUAAAAUUGAUUUAAAUGAUAUAAAAACAACAAAGACAGAUAAUGAAAAAUUUAUACCGAACAUUAGAGAGGAUAUUUCUGUUUGCACAUCGAGCCUUAUUAAUAUCUCAUUGUCUUUUUGGACCACUCUCACUCCGGCUCAAGCGAGUCGCAUCGCGAUCGGAAACGGCAGCUCCUCGUCGGCGAGGCCUUUAACGGAGAAAUCUACUCAUCUUCGAUACCCUUCAUCCGCUGAUCAAUCUCUGUCUCCGGUUAAGGUGACGAUUUAAGCCAUGGCUGAACAUUUGGCUUCAAUCUUUGGUACUGAAAAGGACAGAGUGAAUUGCCCUUUUUACUUCAAGAUCGGUGCUUGCCGUCACGGUGACCGGUGCUCACGGCUCCAUAACCGUCCCACCAUCUCACCGACGCUCCUCCUCUCGAACAUGUACCAGAGACCGGACAUGAUAACCCCCGGCGUUGACCCUCAGGGUCAGCCACUAGACCCGAGCAAGAUCCAAGAACACUUUGAGGAGUUUUACGAAGACAUUUUCGAAGAACUCGACAAAUUUGGUGAAGUGGAGAGUCUCAAUGUCUGUGACAACCUCGCUGAUCACAUGAUUGGCAAUGUCUAUGUCCUGUUUAAGGAAGAGGAUCAAGCAGCUGCUGCUUUGCAGGCUCUGCAAGGGAGAUACUACUCAGGCCGUCCGAUAAUCGCGGAUUUCUCUCCCGUGACGGAUUUCAGGGAAGCUACCUGCAGGCAGUACGAAGAAGAUAACUGUAACCGUGGUGGGUACUGUAAUUUUAUGCACGUGAAGCAGAUUUCGAGGGAGCUUAGGAGGAAAUUGUUUGGGAGGUAUCGGAGGUCUUACCGCAGGGGAAGCAGAAGCAGAAGUAGGAGCAGGAGUAUAAGCCCUCGGCGCAAGAGAGAGCGGGAGAGAGGAGAGCAUAGGGACCGUGACCGACAUGGGAAUGGGAAACGAAGCAGUGAUAGGUCAGAGAGGCAUGACCGUGAUGGUGGUGGUGGAAGGAGGAGACAUGGAAGCCCGAGACGGAGCAGAAGCCCAGUUGUGAGAGAAGGAAGUGAGGAAAGGAGGGCGAGGAUUGAGCAAUGGAACCGAGAACGAGACGAGGGAGUUUAAGGUUUUUUCUCUUCAUGAUGGUUUAUUGCUUUAGUAACCGGUAAGACCUCAUAAUGGAUUAUUCAUUUGGUGUUCUGUUUUUGGAACUUGGAAAAUUUGAGUGGCAUGUGAGGCUUAUUAGAUGAUGUAAGGUGGAAUACUUUUUUCAUGUAGAUCCCGUUUAGAAAUUAGUUCGUGUGGAACAUUGUUGCGUUUAGCUUUUUACAAACUAUUUUGGUAAUGAUCCUUUGCUUGUUGUUCUUCAUGAUUGUCCCUUUAAAUGUCUCUUUGAAGUUUUUCGAAAUUCGGGAAACUAUUAGGUGUGGAAAUGUUUGACGAAUUUGUGUAAGACUGCAGUUUUAUCAGUUUGGAUGUUCA